CCGAAAAUAUAAAUGCGGAAAGAUUGGAAAAACGUCAGGGCCCCCCUGGCCCUAAUUCUAUUCUCAGACCAUCGGCUGCAGGAGCACAUACACAAUAUACUCGAGUGAUCCUUAUGAAGGGUUUCCAACCUGUAAGUCUGCAAGUGAUCCUGAAUGCACUCCAUCAAAUGGCAGAUGAAUUCAUACCUCUUCCUUCAGGUGCUAAUUCAUCAAAUGUUAAAUAUACAACUUAUAUUGCAACUUAUACUGAAUAUAUAGCCGGCCAUUCAGAGACAUUAACAGUAACAGAUGCUGAUGGUGAUCCAACACCUUCUGUGAUGUCUUAUGAUCCAAGCACUAUCAUAAUAAUUAGAAGAGUAACUGCUGCAUUAUUAGCUCAAGAAACUGAAUCUUCUAAAUUUAGUACAAACGAUGUAACUCCUGGAUUAUGGGACGAUUCGUUUGAUUGGAUGGGUGAAGAAUAUGAAAAAUCUCGUCUGCCAAGAGGUGUUGACAAAGCUUUCAGAAAAUUUUCGGAUCGUGUAUCGGAAUGGCCUGAUCAAUGCAUUAGGUAUGAGUUUGACGGACAGCCACUUUUAUAUAACCAAAGUGAUUCAACAGUUUCAUUAUUACUAUCUCCGCCACAUGGGUCUGUUAAACAGCUUAAAACAAGAGAGUAUGCAGCUAAUAGCUCUGAAAAGAAGAGUGGAAUAGAAGGUAACAAAUGUGGGAUUGCACAAUUUGAUGUUGGAAUGGAAUGGGGAACAGUAAUGAUUUUUACAUGUCAAAAAGAUUGUGAAAUAUAUAAUGUUAGCAAAGAUGAAGUAUCUUAUUACGAAGAAUUGGUUUUGGUACAAUAUGAACUGUAG